CGGUUUUAUUAUUUGAGUUAUUUGUUGGGUUCAAUAAAUUAAUUGUUUUAAUUAAAAAUUUGAAUAAAGAUUGUUUGUAAAUGUAUAUACUCAUAUAUUUAUAUAUUUUUAAUUUAAGAAAUAAUUGUAAGGGCUGGAAGCUUAUCAACCCAAUACGUCUGUAAAAAACUAAUAUUGACAUAUAUAUGGCGUGAUUAUAUUAAUAUUUACAUUGUUAUAUAUUAAUCAUAGAAUUUUUUAAAAGACGUAAUUAACUUUAAAUGGCAAUGAAUCACUUCGAAAUUCGGGUAUAUAAACGCCAGCGCGUGGUCAUAAAUAUGAUUAAUUGUACUACGAGUAAUCAAAAUUUUUGAAAGAUGUCUUACAAGAUUUUAUUCAUUACUUUAAUUGCAAGCUUGUGUUUCUACUUUGAGAUACAUGCAGAUAAAAUUGACGAUGAACUACAGGCACAAAGAUUUAAAUUAUCAAAAAUAUGCACAGACGCCGGAUUUGAAUUUGCUUGCGCUUUGGAUGAAACUUGCGUUCCAAGUUGUGCUUACUAUCAAUUAGAUGCUGAAAAAAAUAAUUGCCAGCAUAUAAGUGAAUCUAUAUACAAUCCUGAUAUGGUCGAGCACUUCCAGUGUACGGAUCCAAAUUACCCCGUUGAUGACUUUGCACAAUGCGAUGGUGGAUCAUGUGGAAGAAUAUUCUGAUGACUCUAAAUAUAAAUUAUUAUUAUAAAAAAUAAAAAGAUUUUUAAUAGAAUUAAAAAAAAAUAAAGAACGGACAAACUUUUUUUUAAGAAACAAAUAAUUUAAAGUCUUGAUAUGAAUUAUUUGUACUUUCAAAUUUAAUUUUAACAAUUUUUAAAUUAGGGGUGUGCGAAUAGAUAGGAUUUACGAAUUAUACGUAAGUUUUCGAAUUAUUUGUGAAUUAACGAAUAAUUUCAAAAUUUUCUUUUUAUCGAUUUAAAAUUGUUAUAUUUUUUUCCGAUAAUUCAAAUUUUUGUCAGAGUUAAAGUAUAGCUUAGACACGAUUCUACAUAAUAAUUUUUCUUUUACUUUAAAAAUUAAGUUCUCCAUUAAAUAAAAAUUGAAUAUUUGAAAG